AUGGAUUACUCUGAGCUUGUUCACUUGCAACGCGAGUACUUCAAAUCAGGAGCUACGUUAUGUGUGGAAGGGAGGAAGAAAGUCCUCCAAAGGGUUUUGGAUAUGCUUGGAGAAAAUAAGCAAUUACUUUCCGAUGCGAUUUACAAGGAUCUGCACAGAGAUGGAAUUCUUGAAGUCGAAAAAACGAUGGAAGAAGCAGCACUUGGAAUCAAGAAACUCGACGAAUGGGUGAAACCUACUCCAUUCACCAUCGCUGAGGAUCGUUUCACCGUUGGAGAGGAUGAGCUGUUUAUCGUGCCGGAACCCCUCGGUGUUGUGUUGGUGAUCUCCCCAUGGAAUUAUCCCUGCAUUUGCUCAGCGCCUUUCAUCUCAGCUCUUACAGCUGGAAACACUGUUAUUCUGAAGCCAUCGGAGAUCGGUGAGCAUUUCGCUGACGCGAUUCACUCGAUUGCCGAGAAAUAUCUAGAUAAGAAAAUCUUUGCUGUUGUGAAAGGAGGAAUUCCCGAGACAACCGAACUUUUGAAGCAACACUUUGAUCACAUUUGCUACACUGGAAAUCCACAAGUUGCUAGGGUGAUUAUGUCGGCGGCGGCGAAAAAUCUCACCCCAGUCACGCUGGAGCUGGGAGGAAAAAAUCCCGUUUUAAUCGCGGAAAGCGCCGAUUUGACCGACGCGGCGAAGAAGAUCGUGAUUGGAAAAGUGGCCAAUUGUGGGCAAAUCUGUUUGGCGCCUGAUUACAUCAUAACCACACCAAAAAUGAAGCAAGCUUUGGUGACAGAGUUGGUGAAAGCCGUCGAAGAGUAUGGAGAUCUCAAAUCGAAUCCGGAAAAUGCUCGCAUUGUUAAUCAAAGGCAUUUCGAUCGAAUCGGUGCAUUGGUUGAGAAAUCGCAAGGAAAACUCUUAUACAAGUACGACGGAGAAGCCGAUCGAGAAGACAAAUUCUUUCCACCACAAAUUCUUGAAGUGAAUCAAGGAGAUCUUUUGUUGAAAGAAGAGAUCUUUGGUCCGGUCCUUCCGAUUCUCGAGGUGAACUCAUUUGACGAAGCGAUUCGAUACAUUCAAGAUCAUGAUAAACCGCUUGGUGCCUAUGUUUUCACAAAAUGCGAAUGUGAAGCUGAAAAAUUCAUCAAGCAUACUUCAAGUGGUGGAGUUUCAGUGAACGAUGUGAUGAUUCAUGGAUCGACUCGUUUAAUGCCAUUUGGUGGUGUGGGUAACUCGGGAAUGGGACGGAUUAAAUGCGAAUGGGGAUUCAAGACAUUCACCCAUGAGAAGCCCGUUGUUGUGCGCAAUAAACUGGGACCACAAGUGAAAAAACUUGUCGGUUUUGAGAAC